AUGGUGAGAACUCGUGGUGCUUCCUCCAAGAAGAUCCCUGCUUCUCAAUCCCAAAAGGUGCCAUCUCCUUCGCCUCCUCCAUCUGUGUCAACAACGCCUCUUUCUGUUCCAGCAGCUGCAACAUCUGUUGGGAAGACUUGCAAAUCCAAGGCACGCAAGAAGGUGUUCUCCCUCUCAAAUGAACACCCCAUGGUGUUUCCAGAUAUCUCUGCUGACAUUGUUGAUGUUGCACCACCAUCUGAAGUGGUGGUGCCCUCUCGAGCCAAGGACCCAUCUCCUCUUCCGAUUGAUUUGUCUCUGGCGGCUAGGGCAAAAUCAAAAUCUGUUUCAUUUUCUUCCAAAGCUGCUGCUGCUGGGUUGCUCCAAUUGCCCUUGAAGCCUAGCCAGUCCAAGAAAAAUUCUGUGACUCCAAAAAGGAAGUUGGGGUUGGACAUGUCUUCUUCCCCCUUGACUGCUGCCACGAAAAGACUGAAGGCUCAUCCUCCAUCUCUGUCUUCCUCUGAAUCUGACCCUGAGGAAGCAAAGUCAGAAUCUGAAGCAACCCGUGAUACCACACUGUCUGAUGAAAUGGUUCCUGACAAUACAGAAUCAGAGGCUGAGUCUGAUGAGCCAGAAAAAGAAGACAUUGUCCCCUCUGAACAAGAAGCCGAAUCUGACUCAGAACCAAUUGCAACUCCUUUGUCAUCCAAGGCUAAAGGAAAGAGACCAAUUUCUGAUCCUACACUUUCUCCAAAACAUUCAGUCAAGGAAUUCUAUGCAAAUCUUACUAAUGAAAUUAUAGAACCUAAAUCUUCUGUGUAUAAUAAAGUGUUUGUUAGGGGCCAUUGGUUCUCUUUUUCUCCUCAAGACAUUGCCCUUGCUUUGCAUCUUCCCCUUGAUGUCGAGGAUGAUGAUGAUGUUGCCUCUCUUGACAAGGACAUGGUUAACUCUGAAUUGGUAGGGCAAAAAAUGGUAUGGCCAUCUAAUACAGUCAUCUCGGUCUCAAAUCUCACCUACACUUAUGCUGUCCUCCAUAAGUUUGCCACAACAAAUUGGAAGUCCACUUCUCACACCUCCACUAUCUCUUUUGAUAUGGCAUCAUUUUUGUACAAGAAAAAAGAUCUCCAACGUGAUCAAGAAGACUUGGUGGCUCCCACUACUACUGCUUCCUACAAGGCCUCUGCUCUUACUGAAGCCACUGCUGCUCUAUCAACCAAGAAAGUCAAGCCCCAAUCUCUGAAGAUUGCCUCGGAUGACUUUCCUCAUGCCUCCUCCUCUGUUGCCACAGAUUCAGGACUUGUUGCAACAGAAAUAGCUGCUGUUUGA